GAGGCGGCUCUAACACUGCCCUCUUCGUUCCGGGCCGGAAGCCGGAAAGCUAGCGGAGAGGGGCGGGUCUGAGCCGGGGAGGCCCGGAAACAGGGUGAGACUAAUUCAAGAACAAAGCCACUGACCCCUGCAGAGCGGAAUGGAACUUUCCUCCUUUCCAUUCACGCGCCGCUGACCCGGGCAGUGAGGGAGCGGCACGUGCUUACAGCAGAGAGUCCGUCCAAGCAGCAGCCGCGGCUUCUGCAGAAGGGUGGCUGGGGAGGAUGAGGCGCAGCCGGUGUAGCUGUAGGUGGCGCUUUGAGGUGACCGUGUGCCCUUGGCAAAAGCGUGGGGGAAGCCGCAGGAAAAAGGAGGAGCAGGGAGAGGGGUCGAGCUGCCAAACAGGCGCAAGAGGAACCCGCCACUGAUUGUCUUCCUCUGGCCCUAGCCCUUGCUGCUACUACCUCCCUGGUUUUGCUGUUGAAUCACUGUAGCAGACUUGUGUACUUGCACUUUCUGAAGAUGAAUGAAUUUAAAUAUAAAUACCAAUACAUUCCUUCCACAAACCUACAUUUACCUGAGAAGAUUACAACAUCCUGAUUGUAUGUCUCUGUGGCAGAGGGCUUUGAAGCCCAAAUUGCCAGCCUGGUGGAAAUGUUUUUGGUUGAAGUGUACAGGUGCAAACUUUGUCAGUUCACAAGCAGUAUCAAGAAUAAAAUCAGAACUCACAUGACUAACAUUCACAAACAAGGUAGAAUUUGCCACAUUUCUGAGUGCCUUGAAAUGGGCCCAGAUCAAGAUGAAAAUGACUCCUACAGCAUAGCGGAUGAAAUCUGCCAAGAAAACAAAGAAAAUGAAGAAAACCUUGCAAAGAUGUCAUUUCUGUUGCCGAUGUACCAGAUGCUUCAUAACAUGAGCCCUGAAUGCUGUGAUGUGAGCCUAGGGAGUUAAGGUGAUAAUCCUAAUGUCUCUCAUUCUAGUAAGGUAAACACACUGUUUGAAGAAGAAGCAGAUCAGUUUCACCUUGAGGAGCCCUGCUCUGUGGUGCCUAAUCCCCUCUCAUAUUCCACAGACCCCAAUGAAUCUAAAAAAAGCAAAGAUGAGGAGGAAGCCCAAUCUGAACAUCUCAUGUCACUUGGCCUGUGUCGCAUUUCCAGCAUUAAAACUCAAGCCUUAGAGGUAGAAGUGAAAACAACUAAAGCUGAGGUCAAACAAGUAAAUAGUAAAAUUCAGAAGACGGCCAGACCUGCAAACAGUGGCUUAGCUCAACCUUUGAAAGGUAUUUGCACCUUAAAACCAAGUGCUGAAAGAAUACAGCACUGCAACAUAUGUGACCAAGAACUGAAGUCAAAGAGUGCUUAUGAAAUCCAUGUUAAAUGUCAUGAUGGAGACGAGGGCUUCAAAUGUGUUUAUUGCAAUUGCUGCAUGACGGAAUGGAACUUAAUGGAAAAUCAUUUAAAAACACACAAGCCAAUAAAAGAGAGCUACCAGUGUCCGAUUUGCAAGAGAGUUUUUAUGUCACCAAGUGCAUGGAAAAUGCACGGGAACAACCAUCAUGGAAAACGUAAUCUCUUUCAAUGCACAAAGUGUUCAUCUCUUUAUGAAACAGAGCAAGUGAGAAAUCUGCAUGUAUCUUGUCAUUAUGGUGACUUGUUUAAAUGUCUGCACUGUGAUUUUAUUGUCUGUCUGAAAGUGCAAACUGAAGCUAUCUGUGUGGGUGGUAUUCGAAGAAGGUGCUAUGGUGUCUGUAGCUGUUGUCGGUAGUCAUUGUAAUAGCCUUUAAAUGUAACGAAUUAGAAUAUCCAUUGAAGAAUGAGGUGAGUAUGAUGGCUCAUGUAAAACAAGUUCCUGUGAUAAUGACUAGGUUGGAGAACUUGCUUGGAAUGAGAUCUUGUAUAGAAAAGGAUUUAUUGCCCUCAGAUUAUGUGUUGAUCCAUGUGAGAUUAAGGCGCUAGUUUUGUCUGUUUUGGUCUUGUUUGAGAUUGCAUGGACUUGGAGCUGGACCUCAUCUACAGAAUUCCUGCAAGAAGUAAAAAUGACUGCUGAAUCUUGUUACUUUCAGAAUCGAUUUCAAAACUCACUACUCAACUUUCUCUUAGUAGUUUCUUCAUACAAAUACACAACACCUCCACUUAUUCAUAGACAAGCAAGAAGUAUAUAAACUAAUCAAACUUUCUCUUACAGGGUGGAAAGGAAGGUGGGGAGAGAAAGGAAGAUGGUUAUAGUUAUUUCUGUUUUUUAAAAUAGUUUGAAGGAUUCCGAUUCUACAGUUAUAAGAGUGAUUAUAAGUGCAUAUAUAAACAUACAACUUGCUCCAUUCAGUGUAAUGAACCAUUCAUUUAAAAGUCUAAUUUUGUGUUUUUAAUGGAGACUCUCUAUCCAAUUAGUGUUUUUGUUUGUUUGUUUUUCGUUUUAGCU